UCGAUGCGCAGAAAAGAAACGCAGUUUUGUAACUUUUACUUUCGCUUUGGCAUGCAGUUCACCGAUAAGACAUUACUCUCUAAAUUUUCACCGCUGUUACCUUUUAGUUUUGUUCUAGUCAAGAUCAAGGUUUGUCUUGAUUCUAAAAUCUGAUAACAAAAAGUGGAUUACUUCCACUAUAGUUCACAGUUGCAGACCUCAGUACAUAGUAGUGGCUGAAAAGAAAAGUUGAUACACAAAUUGUAAACGGUCAAGUGACGAUGGCGGACACAUUUCAAGACAUCUGUUGGGGAGUGAUAAGAGGUUUCCAGGAUGCAGUUUUAGGUUCAAUGAAGAUAUUUAAGUUAGAUUCGGAACAACCAGAAGGCAAGGAAGAACAGCAGCAGAAAAUGACCACGCUGGCAAGACGAAGGGCGGAGAAACAGAAACAAACACAAAGGACUGAAAAGAAGGACAGUGAACCAAAAGUAACACACAGGAUAUUUCAGUGUUGCGCCUGGAAUGGAGGAGUCUUUUGGAUGAGUAUAUUGCUGUUUAACUAUUUGUUGCUUCCGAGUUUACACUGGAUGACUUCGCUUAUAUCAGGUUCAACAGAGACAGGUAUGAUCUGGUCCUGGAUGGGUCCCAUGUUGACUUGGACAUUUAGUGCAUUGUGGAUUCUACCUCUGUUUGUCCUCAGUAAAAUUGUCAACUGUUUCUGGUUUGCUGAUAUAGCAGACGCAGCGUAUAGAAAGUCAAGAGGCCGUCCACAACUACCAAACAUUAGUAUCUUCAUUGCAGAUAUGUUGUUUAGUCUGGUUAUACAGAUCUUCUUCCUACUUCAGGGCACUGUGGCCAGUUUUUUACCAUUACCAGCAGUAGGACAGGUAAUCAGCAUUGUUCACAUGAGUCUACUCUACUCACUGUACUCAUUCGAGUAUAAAUGGAUAAAUAUGGGAUGGGAGUUACAUAAAAGAUUGUCCCAUAUAGAGUUGAGCUGGCCAUAUUUCUUUGGGUUUGGAUUGCCAAUGGCAGUGUUAACAGCUUUACCUUCAUCUCUUGUUGUCAGUGGCUGUGUGUUUUCCAUAUUGUUCCCAGUUUUUAUCAUCAGUGCCAAUGAAGCAGAAGAUGCGCAACAACAAUUUAUGUUUCCACUGAGACUGUUUGCACCAGUAGUUUCCCUCACAAACACAUUGUUUCAUCAUUCCCUCACAAAGAGCAGCAAAUCGUCAGCCACAUCCGGCAGACAGGCAGCAGCACGACAAUCUCGCACACAGGAAAAUGUCACAUUCAGAUGACAGCAGGAGCUUGUGGCGGCCAUUUUGAUGCAAUAUUUACAUACAUAAUUUAUUCCAAAGAUUUGAUUUUUAUUUGCAUGUUUUAAUUGACAUUUCGUAAGCACCAUAUAUCUAGGAUGCUUACAGUCUGACAAAAAGCUCAGAAUAUAUUUCAUGAGUUCAUUUAAUGAAUUUACAUGUCACAUUGAAAUCAGUUUUGUCACUUGUAAGAACUUUUAAGUCUGUCACUUAUUAUGUCUCCCCCAGGAGACAUAUUGUUUUUGCCCUGUCCGUCCGUCCGUCACACUUCAUUUCCGAGCAAUAACUGGAGAACCGUUUGACCUAGAACCUUCAAACUUCAUAGGGUUGUAGGGCUGCUGGAGUAGACGACCCCUAUUGUUUUUGGGGUCACUCCCUCAAAGGUCAAGGUCACAGGGGCCCGAACAUUGAAAACCAUUUCCGAUCAAUAACUAGAGAACCACUUGACCCAGAAUGUUGAAACUUCAUAGGAUGAUUGUACAUGCAAAGUAGAUGACCCCUAUCGAUUUUGGGGUCACUCCAUUAAAGGUCAAGGUCACAGGGGCCUGAACAUUGAAAACCAUUUCCGGUCAGUAACUUGAGAACCACUUGACCCAGAAUGUUGAAACUUCAUAGGAUGGUUGGUCAUGAAGAGUAGAUGACCCCUAUUGAUUUUGGGGUCACUCUGUCAAAGGUCAAGGUCACAGGGGCCUGAACAUGGAAAACCAUUUCCGAUCAAUAACUAAAGAACCACUUGACCCAGAAUGUUGAAAUUUCAUAGGAUGAUUGGUCAUGAAGAGUAGAUGACCCCUAUUGAUUUUGGGGUCACUCUGUCAAAGGUCAAGGUCACAGGGGCCUGAACAUGGAAAACCAUUUCCGAUCAAUAACUAGAGAACCACUUGACCCAGAAUGUUGAAACUUCAUAGGAUGAUUGUUCAUGCAGAGUAGAUGACCCCUAUCGAUUUUGGGGUCACUCUGUCAAAGGUCAAGGUCACAGGGGCCUGAACAUGGAAAACCAUUUCCGGUCAGUAACUUGAGAACCACUUGACCGAGAAUGUUGAAACUUAAUAGGAUGAUUGGUCAUGCAGAGUAGAUGACCCCUAUCGAUUUUGGGGUCACUCCAUUAAAGGUCAAGGUCACAGGGGCCUGAACAUUGAAAACCAUUUCUGGUCAGUAACUUGAGAACCACUUGACCCAGAAUGUUGAAACUUAAUAGGAUGAUUGGUCAUGCAGAGUAGAUGACUCCGAACGAUUUUGGGGUCACUCUGUGAAAGGUCAAGGUCACAGGGGCCUGAACAUUGAAAACCAUUUCCGGUCAGUAACUUGAGAACCACUUGACCCAGAAUGAUGAAAUUUCAUAGGAUGAUUGGUCAUACAGAGUAGAUGACCCCUAAUGAUUUUAGGGUCACUCUGUUAAAGGUCAAGGCCACAGGGGCCUGAACAUGGAAAACCAUUUCCGAUCAAUAACUUGAGAACCUCUUGACCCAGACUGUUGAAACUUCGUAUGAUUUUGGGGUCACUCUGUUAAAGGUCAAGGUCACAGGGGCCUGAACAUUGACAACCAGUUCCGAUCAAUAGCUUGAGAACCUCUCGACCCAGAAUGUUGAAACUUCAUAGGAUGAUUGAACAUGCAGAGUAGAUGACCCCUAUUGUUUUUGGGGUCACUCCGUUAAAGGUCAAGGUCACAGGGGCCUGAACAUUGAUAACCAGUUCCGAUCAAUAACUUGAGAACCACUUGACCCAGAAUGUUGAAACUUCAUAGGAUGAUUGAACAUGCAGAGUAGAUGACCCCUAUUGAUUUUGGGGUCAGUCUAUUAAAUGUCAAGGCCACAGUGGCCUGUUCAUGUAAAAUCAUUUUUUGGAAAUAACUUGAGAACCACUUGACCUACAAUGUUGAAACUUAAUAGGAUGAUUGGACUUGCAGAGUAGAUGACCCCUAUUUAUUUUGAGGUCACUUGAUCAAAGGUCAAGGUCACAGAAGCCUGAACAGUGACUUGAGAACCACUAGGCCAGGAGUGUUGAAAUUUAGCGGGAUGAUUGGACAUGCCAAGUAGAUGAUCCCUAUUGCAGCCAACCAUCAGUGUCUCUUUGACUUUUGCUCCUAACCCCUAUUGACUUCUUGCCUAUAGGACUUUGCAUUGGGGAGACAUGCGCUUUUUUACAAAAGCAUUUUCUAGUUAAAAACUGUUUACUUAAAGGGAUACUCUUGUAUUUUUUUCUAGACAUAGAUCAAUUUUUUUUUACUAAAUCAGUCAACCAUUUAACCUUUAGCCUGCUGGUGGCAAAUGAUUCUGCCUUUGCAACCGUUCAGGCUGAUCAUGAUCUGCACUGUUCUCUAUUCAGUCAGUAAAUUUUCAGUGAACACCCCUUUGAAUAAUAAAUGGUACGCCCAAAUUGAAUGAUGGACCAGUCCAUUUUAGAAAAUUAGCAGGGUAAAGGUUAAAGCAAAUAGAAAGAGGCUGUUUUAUUGAAAUAAAUUUUGCUGUGGUAGUCACUAUAUGACUAUGGUUAUUUGAAGUCGUAAAAACAUGAAACGAUCAAAUUGAAUAAUCUUAAUAGAAUUAUCACGCCUUGUCCAUACUAAAAAUGAAUUACAUUUAAAAAGAAAAGUAAAAUAUGUGUUUUUCGAGACCUUGCAUUAGCAAGUCAGGUUAGCAAAGUGAUGAAAAUUAUGACUCACAGUUAGAAACAAUCAGUCUGUUUUAAUGAAAUAUGUCAGCAAGUU